CUCCCUUCCCCAGCGCCCGCGGGGCUCGGGCUGCCGCUCGGCCUAGCGGUAGCGGCGGCUGCGCUCCAGCCCGGCUCUCCUUCCCGCCCCGCUUCCCCUUCCCUCCCCUCCCCACGCCGCACGCUUCCCGGGGCGGCUCCGGAGCCCGCCGGGAGCUCGGACGGAGGCGCCUGGCCGGGGCGGGACCCUUCCUCGCCUGGGGCCAUUUCAUAAUUCUGAGUCAUGUCUGAUAACGGAGAACUGGAAGACAAGCCCCCAGCGCCCCCUGUGCGCAUGAGCAGUACCAUUUUUAGCACUGGAGGCAAAGACCCUCUGUCAGCCAAUCACAGUUUGAAACCUUUGCCUUCUGUUCCAGAGGAAAAAAAGCCCAGGAAUAAAAUCAUCUCUAUAUUCUCAGGCACAGAGAAAGGAAGUAAGAAGAAAGAGAAGGAAAGGCCAGAAAUUUCUCCUCCCUCAGAUUUUGAGCACACUAUCCACGUCGGCUUCGAUGCUGUUACUGGAGAAUUCACUGGCAUGCCAGAACAGUGGGCUCGGUUACUGCAGACUUCCAACAUCACCAAACUAGAGCAGAAGAAGAACCCUCAGGCUGUGCUGGAUGUGCUAAAGUUCUAUGACUCCAACACGGUGAAGCAGAAGUACCUGAGCUUUACUCCUCCUGAGAAAGAUGGCUUCCCAUCUGGAACACCAGCAUUGAAUGCAAAGGGCUCAGAGACAUCCGCACUAGUAGCAGAGGAAGACGAUGAUGACGAAGAGGCUGCCCCUCCUGUCAUCGCCCCACGACCGGAUCACACAAAAUCAAUUUAUACACGGUCUGUAAUCGAUCCUAUUCCUGCACCAGUUGGUGAUUCUAAUGUUGACAGUGGUGCCAAGCCUUCAGACAAACAGAAAAAGAAGACCAAGAUGACAGACGAAGAGAUUAUGGAGAAAUUAAGAACUAUCGUCAGCAUAGGUGACCCCAAGAAAAAAUAUACAAGAUAUGAAAAAAUUGGACAAGGUGCUUCUGGGACAGUUUUCACUGCUACUGAUGUGGCAUUGGGACAGGAGGUUGCUAUCAAACAGAUAAAUUUACAGAAACAACCCAAGAAGGAAUUGAUCAUUAAUGAGAUUCUGGUAAUGAAAGAAUUAAAGAAUCCCAACAUAGUUAACUUCUUAGACAGUUACCUGGUGGGAGAUGAAUUGUUUGUGGUAAUGGAGUACCUUGCUGGCGGGUCACUUACUGAUGUUGUAACAGAAACCUGCAUGGACGAAGCACAGAUUGCUGCUGUGUGCAGAGAGUGUUUACAGGCACUGGAGUUUUUACAUGCUAAUCAGGUGAUCCACAGAGACAUCAAAAGUGACAACGUGCUUUUGGGGAUGGAAGGAUCGGUUAAACUUACCGACUUUGGUUUCUGUGCCCAGAUCACCCCUGAGCAGAGCAAGCGAAGUACCAUGGUUGGAACACCUUACUGGAUGGCACCAGAGGUGGUUACACGGAAAGCCUACGGCCCUAAAGUGGACAUCUGGUCUCUGGGUAUUAUGGCUAUUGAGAUGGUAGAAGGAGAACCUCCAUACCUCAAUGAAAAUCCCUUGAGGGCCUUGUACCUGAUAGCAACUAAUGGAACCCCAGAACUUCAAAAUCCAGAGAAACUUUCCCCAAUAUUUCGGGAUUUCUUAAAUCGAUGUUUGGAGAUGGAUGUGGAGAAAAGGGGUUCAGCCAAAGAAUUGUUACAGCAUCCCUUCCUGAAGCUGGCCAAGCCAUUAUCUAGCUUGACACCACUGAUCAUGGCAGCUAAAGAAGCAAUGAAGAGUAACCGCUAACAUCAUUGCCGUGGCCUCAUUCUUUUCUCCAUUUUCUAAAAAAAAAUCUUUUAAUAUAUGAAAAUUAUUACUCUAUUCGGGGGUUUGAGAGAAAUGGUCUGCAUAACAUGGAAGAAAAAGCAAACUACUCCCUGAAGACAACCAAGAGAAAAUUGCAAAAACGAAUUAUGACUUUGAAAUGAACCCCGUCGUUAGGGUCCAAAAGGAAUUAUGGACUGAAUCACUAGCCUUACAUCUUCCGGCGCUCAGCCCAUCAGGGCCAUUUAUCAUGCUUGAGAUUUGCAUUGUAUUUUAUUUUGCUGACUUUGUUGUAAUUGAUCCCAUUCAUUGGCCCUUUUGGGGGUAUUUUCAAUACUUGAAUGGCACAUUCGAGUUUUCAUAUUUGUUUCAUCUACCAGUCAUAUUUUCUCUCUUCUUCAUAGCUUUCUUUUUCCUUGACUUGCUCCUUUUGAGUUGCAUUGAGAAGUUUUUCUCAUGCUUAAAUCCAAGGCACGCGUGAUAGAAAUUAUGCUGCUCCUUAUAUUGGCAAAGGGGCUCGAUGCAGUUUAACUUUACAUAGAACUUAGGACCAGCUGUUGUUAUGUGUACUAUUUCAGUUCCGAACUUGAACUGAAGGAAGGGAAAAGUAUGUGAUUUUUACCUUUUUUAACAAAUGUGAAAGUCAGUUUUAGAAAUUUCAUGGUAGUAAGUUGUUUGGCUUUUGUUACAUGUAUAGAGAGAAGACUAAUAAUCUAUAUUUAUAACUAAAUCAUUGAGUCAGAAAAAGAGUCCUAUUGACUGUUUCUCCUUACAGCUUUGUUUCCCUUUCUCCCUGUUUCCUCUUCAGACGUGGCUUCAGGAACCAAAGUGAUUUGUUCUUACUCCAACUUGAGCUUUGUGACUUUGGUUGGUGUGGCUACCUUCUCCCCACCCCCCGAACCACCACUUUUCGCCUUCAUUUUGCAAAUAAGUUUCUGUAUAUGUUGUAAUUUUAGGUUUAGAUUGUUUGUUUUUUUUUAAAAUUAACCCCACCCACACCCCCAGUGUCAAAUAAUACAAUAACCCUUGAAUUUGCAGAACUUAAAAGUUAACUUUUCCCUCCCCUUCUGCCCCCCACCCCCAUUUAAAGGAGAAAGAGAUUUGAGGAUAGCAGAGACAGAGUGGGAGAUCCGAACGUUGGUGAACUAAACAGUAAUUCGAUGAGGUUAUAUUCAUGAAAAGAGAGGAAUGUCUGUUACAUAGAGAUGCAGUAAACCGUGGAGAUUUACCAUAAGUUAUAUCAUUCCCAACCCAUUAUCAGCAUCUUAGUCGCUAGAAAAACUUAAGUGACAAAGUACUUUUCUGGAUGAAUUCACGGAUCAUUUGAGAUGUUGUGUAACUUUAGGUGUUUUUCAAGUGAGUAGAUAAUAUUCAAGUGAAAAACUGGAGAAAGGAAGAUAAAAGUGAAAUGUGCUUGAUGGUAGUGUACUUUUUAUUUUUUUAAAGAUUGAAGAAAAGGUCUGUGACCUGUAGCAUUAAUUAUUAGAGUGCACUCUUCUCUCCUGUCCUCGCCUCUCUCCUCCUGUCAUUGUUCUGUGUUUGGAGGAGGGAUUGUCCCUUCUGAUGUGCCAGGAGCCAUGUAAAAGAAAAAUCUGUGGUUUGGUUCUGGCGGUGUGUUCCCAACAUCCCUUCCCAGUGAACUUCACACCUACCCACCAGCCUGAAAGAGUACAAAUAAUGAAUAAAGGUAGUUUUGGUGUUUUGGGGUGCAUUGAGGGAACUAGCAGGGCUUUAUAUCCUAUUAUUUCCAUAAUAUCUGUGUUACGAUAACAGGUGUGAGCAUAGAAAUGGCUGUUUUUAGGAAUGUUUUUCACAAAAACUAGUAAAAUGAUUAAUGAAAAGUAUAUCUAGAGCACUUAACUGGUCUCUAUUUUCAAUUGAUUCUUGAUUUCAUUUCCAUCUGGAUUAUAUUGGCCUUCUACAGCUAUUACUAAAUUAUGGAAACAAGCUGGGCAGUUUCUGGUGGAAAAGCUACAGUGCCUCUUGGUUUCCAGAUUUGCACAUUCUUUCUAAACAGUUGUCUGGAUGGAUUAUGAUAAAGAAGAUGCUACCAGGGAAACAGAAAACCCACCAGGUGAUGAGACUGGGACCGUCAGGCCCCUGAGAAGGCACACCCACGCAUGAGUCGUAAGGACCGUACUCAUCGAGUACGUGCCAGUGACCCAUUUUUAUGCCUGUGACUCAACAAAGGGCUUUUCGGUUUGUAGAAGCAGUUUGGGAUUUGCAUUUACAACUUUUUUGAUGGUUACCUGCACGUCCAUUGCUGGCAACGGACUUUGUCAUUAAAGCCUGACUCCUAGGUUAAGGGAGCUGUACUGUGGUUUAUUCUUUACUUACUUGGGUAAACUAACCUGUAGUUGCAAUGUACUUUGGUUAAUUAUGAAAUGCGUCAUUUUUAAACAGAAUAAUCUUAAAAGCAAUAUGGAAUUGUGAUUUGUUAGUUAAUUUUUUAAAUUAAAAUGUUCUGACCUUGUUGAAAGAACAGUUGUAUCUGAA